AUGGCGCCUAGGCAGGCCCGGCGGGCACAGGCCCGUGGACCUGGGGGACAGUGGCAGGGGUCGGGUUACUGGUGGAGGAGUCACAGCAAGGGCCUCCACCUCUUUAUCACUCAGUCCCCUGCACCCUCCGACAGGGACAGGAACUACGCACACCACCCCUCCCCCCCUGAAACCACAGGGAAAGGCUUUGAUGCCCAAGGACUCUCACCCCCCACCCCCUCCAUCAUCAGCCCUGCAGCCCCCUCACAGCCCUCCCCCACCCUUCUCCAUCCAGCCCUGCAGCCCCCUCACAGCCCUCCCCCACCCUUCUCCAUCCAGCCCUGCAGCCCCCUCACAGCCCUCCCCCACCCUUCUCCAUCCAGCCCUGCAGCCCCCUCACAGCCCUCCCACACCCUUCUCCAUCCAGCCCAUAGCCAGCAGGCCGGCACACAGGGGGGUUUCCACACUACUUAUCAGCAGAUAUGA